CUUUGCUUAAACCAUUUAUUAUCUGGACUGGAAGAAUGGCACUAAUCAAAUUCAUCCUUGUAGCGGGAGCCAUCAGUGUGGUAAUAAACCUGUCUCAAGAAGAGGUAGAUGAACCCCCUCAACCAAAAGUAAUUCUACAUUCUGGAUGGAAAGAAGCAUUUACUGGUGAAAUGGUGACUUUGAAGUGUGAAAAUUCAAACACAUCCUUAGACUGGAUGACUACCUGGCUCAGAAAUUCUGAGAAGAUGACUGAUGUAGAGAUCAAAGAUAAUGGCAAAACUCUUUUAAUUUCCUCUAUAAAACCAAGCCACCUUGGAAAAUACACUUGUGAAACUGAGGUUAAAGGGAGACCAAAGACAAGAGCAGUAAGCGCUGAAUUUCUAUUGACUGUUUAUGAACCCCCUCAACCAAAAGUAAUUCUAGAUUCUGGAUGGAAAGAAGCAUUUACUGGUGAAAUGGUGACUUUGAAGUGUGAAAAUUCAAUCACAUCCUUAGACUGGAUGACUACCUGGCUCAGAAAUUCUGAGAAGAUGACUGAUGUAGAGAUCAAAGAUAAUGGCAAAACUCUUUUAAUUUCCUCUAUAAAACCAAGCCACCUUGGAAAAUACACUUGUGAAACUGAGGUUAAAGGGAGACCAAAGACAAGAGCAGUAAGCGCUGAAUUUCUAUUGACUGUUUAUGAACCCCCUCAACCAAAAGUAAUUCUAGAUUCUGGAUGGAAAGAAGCAUUUACUGGUGAAAUGGUGACUUUGAAGUGUGAAAAUUCAAUCACAUCCUUAGACUGGAUGACUACCUGGCUCAGAAAUUCUGAGAAGAUGACUGAUGUAGAGAUCAAAGAUAAUGACAAAAUUCUUUUAAUUUCCUCUAUAAAACCAAGCCACCUUGGAAAAUACACUUGUGAAACUGAGGUUAAACAUAGACCAAAGACAAGAGCAGUAAGCGCUGAAUUUCUAUUGACUGUUUAUGAACCCCCUCAACCAAAAGUAAUUCUACAUUCUGGAUGGAAAGAAGCAUUUACUGGUGAAAUGGUGACUUUGAAGUGUGAAAAUUCAAUCACAUCCUUAGACUGGAUGACUACCUGGCUCAGAAAUUCUGAGAAGAUGACUGAUGUAGAGAUCAAAGAUAAUGACAAAAUUCUUUUAAUUUCCUCUAUAAAACCAAGCCACCUUGGAAAAUACACUUGUGAAACUGAGGUUAAACAUAGACCAAAGACAAGAGCAGUAAGCGCUGAAUUUCUAUUGACUGUUUAUGAACCCCCUCAACCAAAAGUAAUUCUACAUUCUGGAUGGAAAGAAGCAUUUACUGGUGAAAUGGUGACUUUGAAGUGUGAAAAUUCAAUCACAUCCUUAGACUGGAUGACUACCUGGCUCAGAAAUUCUGAGAAGAUGACUGAUGUAGAGAUCAAAGAUAAUGACAAAAUUCUUUUAAUUUCCUCUAUAAAACCAAGCCACCUUGGAAAAUACACUUGUGAAACUGAGGUUAAACAUAGACCAAAGACAAGAGCAGUAAGCGCUGAAUUUCUAUUGACUGUUUAUGAACCCCCUCAACCAAAAGUAAUUCUAGAUUCUGGAUGGAAAGAAGCAUUUACUGGUGAAAUGGUGACUUUGAAGUGUGAAAAUUCAAUCACAUCCUUAGACUGGAUGACUACCUGGCUCAGAAAUUCUGAGAAGAUGACUGAUGUAGAGAUCAAAGAUAAUGACAAAAUUCUUUUAAUUUCCUCUAUAAAACCAAGCCACCUUGGAAAAUACACUUGUGAAACUGAGGUUAAACAUAGACCAAAGACAAGAGCAGUAAGCGCUGAAUUUCUAUUGACUGUUUAUGAACCCCCUCAACCAAAAGUAAUUCUAGAUUCUGGAUGGAAAGAAGCAUUUACUGGUGAAAUGGUGACUUUGAAGUGUGAAAAUUCAAUCACAUCCUUAGACUGGAUGACUACCUGGCUCAGAAAUUCUGAGAAGAUGACUGAUGUAGAGAUCAAAGAUAACGACAAAAUUCUUUUAAUUUCCUCUAUAAAACCAAGCCACCUUGGAAAAUACACUUGUGAAACUGAGGUUAAAGAUAGACCAAAGACAAGAGCAGUAAGCGCUGAAUUUCUAUUGACUGUUUAUGAACCCCCUCAACCAAAAGUAAUUCUACAUUCUGGAUGGAAAGAAGCAUUUACUGGUGAAAUGGUGACUUUGAAGUGUGAAAAUUCAAACACAUCCUUAGACUGGAUGACUACCUGGCUCAGAAAUUCUGAGAAGAUGACUGAUGUAGAGAUCAAAGAUAAUGGCACAAUUCUUUUAAUUUCCUCUAUAAAACCAAGCCACCUUGGAAAAUACACUUGUGAAACUGAGGUUAAAGAUAGACCAAAGACAAGAGCAGUAAGCGCUGAAUUUCUAUUGACUGUUUAUGCCCGUCCAUCAGCUGUGCUAAUUCUGGAGACAAGCUGGUCUGAUAUCAUGUCUGUGGCCACACUGACUCUGAAAUGUGAGGUCCGUGGUCAGCUCGAAUGGAACUACACAUGGUACAAGGAUGAAAUAUUUGAGAUCACUAGCACAGAACAAAUGUACAGUAUAAAGGCCACACAUGAAACAUUUAAGAGUGAAUACAAAUGCAGAGGCAACAGGACACAGCGGCCACUAUACUCUUCCUUUAGUGAGGGCUUCAAAGCUAAUAAUAUUGUCCUAAAACGAAAAGUGCUGCUAGCCAUCUCUGGAUGUGUUGUAUGCAGUAUGCUCCUCCUUUUCAUUGGGUGCAUAGCUUUACGCUUCAAGCGCAAAACAGAGAAAAAGGAUAUGGUGAAAGAAGACUUGUUUUUUUCAAUGACAGCUUCUAUGACACAAACAAGUUCACCCUUACAGGAGUAUAUGAUGCAAACUGAACCUCCACUUGACAUGGAAGAAUGCAAUCAGACUGCAGUAUUAAUUAAUGAGCCAAUAUCUACAGUAUCAUCUACAGACUUGGAUGAUCACAUCAAAACUGAGGUUCUUCUAUCAAAAGAUACUGAAGGAUUGAAAUCCUUUAAAGUUGAGACAUCACCAAGGACAGAGCAUGAUGGAUUAAAGUCUCUUAAAGGUGCAAUACAUACCAAUUCUUCAUCUGUUCUUCCCUCUCAAGCUGAGACACCUCAAUCAGCAGAAAAUGUUUCAACUUUUAAAGUUGCGGAACCACCACUGACAGAGAAAGGACCUGAGAAAGAUUAACAUUAACGUUAACAUUUUAAAAAUCAAGGUAUACAUUUUAAAUGGUUAUUUUACAUUACUGUGCAAAUGUCUGCUGGUACAAUUAUAGAAAUUUCCCUUUAGCUCUUUUACAGCAAUUGUGGACCAUCUUUCAACAUUCAACUUCAAGAUCUGAGUGGCAGAAAAAAACAAAUACAUGUAUUUCAUAUGGGAAAAUGCAAAUAAUUACCAUAAUAUAGUUAACAACAGUCAGUAAUCCAAAGUAAAUGACAACUACAUUAGUGUCUUCUUGUCAUUAUUACAUUGCAACAUCAAAUCAUAUAUAUAUAUAUAUAUAUAUAUAUAUAAUCCCCUUUUCCCAUAGUUAUGCUCAAAAUGUUGCAUACUUGUGUAUAGGGUUUGUUUUAUUGUAGAGUACUAUAUUAUGCGCAUGCUUUAUUGGAAAAUAUAGAUACUGAAAUUGAGAGAGCAAAAAAAAAGAGUUUUUGGGUUAUAAGAAAUUGUAUGCAGUUUUUGUGUACAAUUGUGCAAGUAUAGGUGCUGUAAGUCAUAAGGAUUAAUAUUCAAAAUAUAUACAUUUUAAAAAAUAUAUAGAUAUACUGUAUUCUUGAAGUUACAUAGUAUAGUAUCAUUGAUAUUAUUUCACAGACAAGUUAUUUAAAUCCUGUCAUCACGUUUUUGAUAUGUUUGUCUUGUCUCUACACUGUGUACGAUUAUUAGGCAAGUUGUAUUUUUGAGGAUUCAUUUUAUUAUUGAACAACUCCAGUGCAGGACAGUCAAUCCAGAAUGUUAAUAAACCUCAAACCUGAAUAUUUAAGUAGAAGUGAGCUUUUGGCUUUAUAGGAGAAUAUCUAUGUGUACAUAAUUAUUGGGCUAUUAGUGUGCUGAAUUAUUAUACAACUAAAUGAAAAAUGUACAUUUUCCCAUCUCACUGAUUUAUUUUCACCUGUUUAAAGUGAGAA